AUGCUGGGGGAGAGGAGGAGAGGGGACCAGGUGACGGCCCAGAGUAUCGCCGGCGUGUCGACGCCGGCCGGCGCCACAGUCGCGAGCACGACGCGGCGCGCGCCGGCCAUGGCGGACUGCGUGCUGGACCUCGGCUGGCCCGGUCUGGCCCCCGACAUGGACUACUCAUUGCAUCACGAAGAUGAUGUUUUCCAUCAACUGUCGCGAGAGCUUGAGCUGCCUCUGCUCAUGUCGAGUCCGAGCCACCACAGCUCCGACGAGGAGCUCAUGCGGGACCCCUCGCCCCUCCCCAGCAGCCUGCUGGAGCCGUUCUGCUGCCUGGGGGCCCUGGACGUCGACCCCAUGAACUGGGAGUCCGACUCCUUCGCCAGGCUCGACGCCCUGUCGGACGAUAUCGUGUGCGAGAUAAAGGACGAAAUCAAGGUGGAGCCGUCGUCGCCGACUCUGUUCCGCUCGUCGCCUUCUCCGUCUCCCUCCAGCUCGAGUUGCGAGAGCUGGUCGGGCGGGGAGAGCUCCUCCGAUGUCAAGAUGACGCUGGAGACCCCGCCCGUGACCCCGCCCCAGCAGGGCGAGGGCAGCCCCCCCACCUCCCCCGGCCCCGGCAGGACGAGCGAGUCCGUGCUGCUGGUGUCGCCCGUCAAGAUCGUGCCCUUCCCCAGCACCGGUGUAACUGUAAAACAAAACAAUACACAGAAAAUAAUAAUCACCUCCCAGGGAGUGAACAUGAAAAAAAGACCCAACAUCCAACCGAAACCCUCUCCAGUUUUAACAACGGCAGUACCUACGGUCUCUGUGCCGAAAAGCACCGAAGAGUCCAGGACGAUAGUGCUCUCGGCCCAGGACUUCGCGGCCCUGACCCAGGGCAAGAGGCCCAUCAAGCCCGUGCCCAAGGUGAGGAUCCAGCCGCUGACGCCCGCCCAGCAGAAGACGGUCCCGGUGAGCGUCAAGUGGGAGCCAGGCGCCAGGAUCCCCAUCCUGAAGAAGGGCGUUGUUGCUCCCGCGCCCGUCGUGGCAGCCCUGUCCGCUCCGCCGAUGGCCGUCAGCCAGGAGUCGGAGGUAAAAGCAAUCAAAAGACAACAGCGCAUGAUCAAAAACAGGGAGUCUGCUUGCUUGUCGAGAAAAAAGAAAAAAGAAUAUGUAACUGCCCUUGAAACUGAGCUUUUACAAGUGAGACAAGAAAAUGUGAAUUUAAAGCAGGAGAAUGCUUGUCUAAGGGAGAGACUGGCACAGUAUGAAGAUGUUCAAACGUGUAAAAAACCAGUUUUCAAUAUUCCUUCAAACACCAAGAAAACUACGGCUGUGUUGGUGGUCCUCUUCAUGGUUUCCUUGAACAUUGGGUCCUUUGGUAACCUGCUGUACAGCGCCCCCGACUUGCCUGCCGUGCAGUCGAGAGCUCCCUCGUACCAGAGCGCGAGGCACGGCCGCUCGCUGCUGUGGGCCGACGUGGACAAGCGCGGACUGCCAGAUAUCAGCUCCUCCACCGUCGCGAAUCGCUCGGCCCACCCGACUUGCCCCAUGUCCAUAAACCAGACGGAGUCCAUCAGGCUGGACAGCGAGCUGCGGCGGUGGAUCGGCCUGGACGUGGAGGCGGUGGAGGGCUGGCUGCCGUCGCAGUCGCCCGCCGGCUUCGUGGGCGAGCUGCUGCUGUCCCGGCCCCCAGCCCGCAGCGUCAAGCCCAAGAAGAAGCGGCGCGUUGUCCGGAAGCCGCCGGUCCUGACCAACGAGGUGGAGCUGUACGGACUGAGGCCUCACCAGUACAACUACGUGCCCUUCUUCGAGAGGAUCCACCGCCGUGACGACACCUUUUACCUCGUCACUUUCUCCGGCGACCACCUCUUGCUGCCCGCGCUGGCGCACAACAAGACUGUCAGGCCGAAAAUGUCGUUUGUGUUGCCUGAGCUCGCUCUCAAUGGCUCGUCGGCGGAGCACUUCACGAUGAUGCAGAUCGACUGCGAGGUGACCAACACCCAGGUGCUGCAGGUGCGGGAGACUGACAUCCCCGCCCACCUGCGGCAGCGCAACCACACGGCCAGGGCCAGGCCGGGCCGCCCGCCCUACCGGCCCUACUUCGUCCGCCCGCCCUUCGGCUCCAACGGGACCGGCGCCCUGUUCCCCGCGGGGCCUGCCGACCCCUGAAGCCCGGGCCUCUCCCUCGCUGUUCCCCAGUCAACGUGCUCACGUCCGUCAAGGGGACUCCAAGCUGACGUCCUGUCGACCGUGCGAUGGCACGUGGCUUAAACUCCCGAAGCCGAGAGAGAAAAAAAAAAUGGUCUCGCUGACGUGUUUCUGCAUCGGUUUGUGAAGAAACCUACGAAUUCUGCUCGUUCCACCUCGACCUGCGAAGGUCUACGAAAGUGGGAUGUCGUAAAGCGGAAACAGUUCAGUACGAUGCAUUGCAGAUUGGUUCACAUAGCCACUCGACAUUCGUGCGUUAUAAACGUGUGGUGCGGUGAUCCAUUAUCGGAACUGUACAGGAAGUGUUGAUUGUUUGGUAGUUUAGCUGACUGUGUAAAUGAGAAGUUUUUUUAUGUUUUUGAUCUCAGAUAUUUAGUCACGAAAUAAUUUUAGUAUAUUAAUUUAUAAUUAAUGAUUAAUGUAUAAUUUUCACAUUCUUCCGCCACUGGCAGCACAGAUUUUUUUUUUAAGAAAAAAAAUAUUCGUACACUUGUAAGUGAUGUGACACACUUAAUUGCACAAAGUUGUAGCUUUAACACAGUGAAUCGUGGGGAAAAAUAUGUUUUAAAAUAAAAAUAUAUUGCUUGGGAAGCAACGCUCCAUUAAAUUUACUUACGUAUGCAAACAACUUGGAUGUUUUAUUAUUUACUAUUUUGUGCAAUAAUAAUGUUUCUGCCUGUUAAUUGUUAAUCUUAGGCUGGAAAACAUUUUGUCACCACUGGCAGCACAGAUUUGAACUCGAAAACUGCUGGAAAAAAAUACCAUUAUUACAGGCCUUGUGAAAUCUUUGUCCAAAUCUUUUGUUGUGUAUACUUAACUCUGUUUUAUGUCAGCAUUAAUUUGUAAAUGUUGAGGUACGCUAAGAUUAUGGGUAUCAUAUUCCAGUUCAGAAGUUUUUUUCUAUCUUAAACUUUUUUGUAUGUUUAGCAUAUUCCAUCCAGUAGAUAUUUUAUUGUCAGCACAAAAAGUACAAAGAUAUUGGACAAGUCAUGCUGUACAAAAAUUACAAUUAGUUUUUAGAUAUCCGUACAACUUGCAAACCAUACAGAGAUUACAUAAAGAAGUGAAAUAGAUUAAAAUUAAUCUGUACUGCGCCAUGUUCUGUAGUAAGACACCAACCAAUCCAGCCGCUUGCGUCAUAAUUUUCCCAGGUGUGUUCCGGCUGUUGGCAUUUUUAUUUUGCUCAAAGUUUAUUGUUACUUUCGCUUCAUUUCAGCAUAGUCUUUCCUGUUUUCUAACUGGUUACUUUUCACAUUUGGUUUUCCUGUUAGGGAUGGGUUUGGGUCAACCAAAUCCUCAAAUACCAUCAGAUCCUUAUUAUUGAAGAAUUUUAAAUCCAAAGGAAAAGAUAAAAAAAAUUAGAGGAAAUAAAAUAAAUAAUACCAACACUGAUAACCUCCAAAUUUUACUAGGUCGGUUUUUUUCUUCUUCUUAAUACCUAUCCUGUUAUCUUUCCCCAAGAUAUUGUACUUGAACAUGUACGAAUUUUGAAAGAGUAGUUCAUGAAUAAAACAUUUAAUGGGUUAAAUCUGGGUUAAAUCUUCCAACACCAUAAUUAUUAUUUUUAAUUUCUUGUACAUUAUUUAAUUUUUUUUGGAUUCAAUGGAUAUAUUCAAAGUACUCUUUGGGAUUCAAAUUCGAGAAUUUGAAUCAAUAAAAUUGGAAUUUGACCCAUCACUAGUUAAAAUAUAUCACAGUUUAAAUCCAGCAACGUUGCUAAUCUAAUCCAACAUUGGUGUGGUCUCGGACAAUCUGGGUAAAGAUCUUUCACUGAAUGACUUUUUCCAGUUGUGGGCAGCAGUUUUGGAGAAUUGGUUUAAUUUCAGGGGAGGGACAUCACAAUUAUUUGCUGUUGAAUAGAAUGAUAUAUUUUUUUAAAAAUAGUUUGUGAAUAUAAUAUUGGUACUUGUAGUAGGGCGUAUAAAACUGGAAUAGGUUACGCAAAACUCAAUGAAACCAAGAGUAUUUUCACGUGUUAUUCAUGAAGCUCAUUGCACAUUGAGUGGAAGUGAAGUCAUGUGUGUAUGUACGUUUAUAUGGAAGAUUGGUCAAAUCACAAUUGUUUAAAGUGAAGAUUAUAGUUGGAGUAGAUUGUAUGUAGUUUUAUGCUGAUUUUUUUAAAAAUCUUAUUUGAAUGUGUUCACUGUGUUCUGCCACAACUUUUUGGAGAACAAUUGUAUGUAUUUAUUAUGUCUGUGUUGUUUCUUGGUAAGAUGCUAUAUGCAGGGAAAGCAUGUUAGUUGUCAGCAAUGUGAGUGCAUUUUUGCCAUCUCUUGUUACAGAGUACAAUAUUGUUUAUAAAAUUAUUUAAUCAUGUUGAAAAUAAAUAUUAUGUUCUUAUUUUUAUGAGCAUGCCUGUAAUUCUAAAAUCAUUAAUUUUAUGUGUUAACUUCUACAUAUUUUAUGCUUGUAAUAUACAUAUAACAAUUUUAAAGGGUAAACUAUUACACAAAUAGUGAAAUAUGUAUACAAGUGUGUGAAUUAUUUUAUGUACAGUUUAAAUUUUAUUUAUUAUUUUCAAUAAUUUUUUUGUAGGUGCAUUUGUUAUAAAUGGGUAGGGUCCGGAAAAAUUUGCAGGUUCAAUGGCCGGUAGGAUGAACUCCAUAAUAGUUCUACGUACACUCUGUCAAAUGUCACCCACUCAUUGGCUGCUGUCAUGUGAGACGUCCCAACGUAGCAGCCUGUGAUUCGAUAAAGCUUUGGUUGGGUGUUUCUCAUUGGCCCAGAGUCAUCCAGGUGAGUUGUGAGCCAAUAGCAGAGGCAGCACUGAGGUAUAACUACGUAUUUGUAUUUUAGCCUAUCGCGAAAUGAACUCGCGAAUUUUUCCGGUCUCUUUAAAUAGGGACAAGAUUAUAUGGUCAAUUGCGAUGAAACCGAAAAAACACAGAAAAGCAUGUCAAUACAUAUUACAACACCGGAAAGUAAGUUAAUAGACCAUAAAACAACGUAAUGAAGGAAAAAAAAAAUUAAUCAGCAUAUUUAAUCAAAAUUACUCUGCUUACAAAAACGUAAUCUUUUAAUAUAUUAAAAUCAUUGAAUGUAAGUUAUUUAGCAUGGGGGUAGUACCAAAAUGUAUGUACUAAAUUUUUUUUAUAAAUUGCAACUGUUAUUAGUAACUGAUUUUUACUUAACGGUGUUUGUACAUUUUCAAAUGCACAUACAGUAGAAUUCCGCUGAUGCGACCCCUCACGUUCCCGGAAAAACGGACUUAUAAACGGAAUGGUCGCAAUUCGGGCCAAUUUUUACCCCUCCCCCCCCCCCCCCCCCCCCAAAAAAAAAAAAAAAAAUAAAUCCAAAUACAUAAAAUUCUGGCGCUAAAUAAAUUCGCGUCACGCUAGUUCGGCUAUGCUGGCCGGCUGGUUGUUAUUUUCGUUCAAAACGUGGCGAAGGAACUUAUGUGGAUCAGGUAGAAAACAUUCGGCUAUAAACGAAAGAUAUAAGAAUAAUGCUAUCCCGAAAUGCUGUGACAUGUUUUUGGAGUAGAUAAUCACAGCGACCAACUGACAGGAUGCCCUGCCGUCAGCGAUGUUUAUUUUGACAGCUCAAGCAAUUAUCUUUUCCACGUCCCUUCGCAGCGUAAAAAAAAGACUAAAAAAAAAAAACACGUUCAAAUGCAGAUGGAAAAGUAACUAUGCAGUAAAAUAAAUAUAUUUACGGCCCUGCUAAAUUUUUCUAUUCAAUAAAAUUCAAGGUAUUAGUGAUUUUUCAGCAGAAACUGUUGUGUGAGUAAUAAACAAAUUGUAUCAUAAUAACUUAAACUUAUAAAGUAUUUAUUAACUGCGAAGGACAGUCGUAUAAGCCCAUAAAAAUAUUUAUUUUACCGAGAAUGGACUAUACAACCUGGCUUUUGUCGCACGCGGUGUGGGAGGGGAGGAGGAUGCUGACAGUUUCUCACGCAGAAGGUUGAAAUAAGGGAGGGAAUGUGUUGAAAUGUUAGUUGUUAAGGAGGGGGGGGGGGGGGGUUUUACAUGGUUUGUGGCUCUGGGAGGGAUGAGCCUUGAAUAAUUAGCAGGGUUAGGAGAGGUAAGCGUCACGUCACGUAUGACGUCAAGCCGCCGGGCAGGUAAGAUAACAUCACGACACUUUCAUGCAUCAGUUAGCCAACUAACUGAGGGGAAAGGGUGACCUCCCCCCGCCUGACAUCUACACUAUUGAAAAUAGAGCCAAGCAACAAGCGACAGCUAUUUUACUUCUUUCUGGACCGUGAGCCACCCUUAAUCUUAAAAUCGCACACUUCGCGCCCCGCCGUCGUUUCCAAUGAUUCGAACAAAGUGACGGGGUCGCAAUAUUUAUAUUGGCAACCACAUAGCGAGUUAUGGGAACGUAAGAGUUCCUGGUAUCGCUGUCACACGCUCCCGGCCGAGCAUGAGGAAACGGCGGCGGUGGCGCCGAGCUUGGCUAGACACUGCCGCGUGGACAGUCUAGAGGGGUGGUAUCUAUUUUUAGCCGUCUUUUGUAUGCCUGCCUGCUUACAGUACAGCUCCCGCCAAGAUAAACGUGAACACACAGCGCCCAACAAAGUGUAACAGACUUGUUUUUCAGCCGAUUUUACUCAAAUUUUCGACUUUCUCUGCUCAAAUUUUUCACGGUUUCUCAAAAAACGGUCGUAUAAACGAAAUGGACGCAUCAGAGGGGGGUCGCAUCGGCGGGAUUCUACUGUAUACUUGUUGAUUUAUUUGUGUUGUUUCCAAUAGUUUGACAUGCUUAAAAGUGCAUCAUGUAUCAGUCAUAAUGUCACUGUUUUGGUGAAGUAAGUAUCAUUGAACAAGUAAGUGUCACAUUUGUUGCAAAUGGUGCGCUCUCUAUGAAUAAAAAAUAAAACCAUAUAAUAUUGUCUCUGGUUAUAAAAAGUAGUGGGUUGUAUGUCAUGCAGUUUUGCACUGGGAACAUGACCCCUAAGAUUACGGUAGACUCCGAGCUGUGUGAAGACUCCGUGCUUCAUGAAAUGAGUCGUGCCAAAGGUUGAGAACAAACCAAUUUAAGCCUUACCUUGCCCAAUGAGCAUGAUUUCUUGGCUGUCGUGAAUACCUAAGACUCCUUCCUAUCGUUCGUGAUCGCAGUACAGUUUCCUAGACCGCUUGUUUCCGUGUCUGGCCAAGAGAUUGAGAAGUAUUACGUGAGUUGCUGAGGUGGAUCUCACGCCUCCCUCAGUUUUACGUUUGAGAAUCAGUCAUGACCUUAAUGACGUGCAGAGAACAGUAGCGUUGUGGGGUUGAGAAACAUGCCAUUUUAUUUACAAACUAGGUAUUAAAUAGUUUUUCUGGUAAAUAUAUUUUACAAUAAUAGGUAUGUGGCAUUUGGUGGGAACUCAUGUUGUGCAUGUCCAAGAUACCACUUUAAUGAUUCCUCCAACUUACGUUUGAAAAAAUAAAAGUACGAACUAAACUUUUGUGCAUUUAGUAAGAAGUAAUGUAUAAUUUAGGAAUAUAUAGUGAUUGUAUACAAAUGUAUUAUCAGUGUGCAGGAAUUAAGUUUUGGAGUAAGAUUUUGGUAGUCAAGUCACCAAACAUGACUUAAAACAAAUCCUGCAAAAAAAAAUUUUAUGUAUGUGUGGAAUUUGUAAAUAAGGAAUUGAAGCACAUUGUCAUUUUUAAGAUGUUUAUCUUGCAUUUUGUAGCUGUGUGUUUCUAUGUGAGGUGGUGUUUCAGACAAUUUAUUGUAGACUGAAUCUAUGUACCACAUUUUCUUACAAGUUUAAAUUUUCUGUGGAACAGUUUUAUAAGUUUUCUUUUCCGACUUGCAUAGUUAAGCAAAAUGGCUUAAGCAAGGACAUAUGCACAGACUUAAGUGUGUUUGUUAACAUAGAAAUACAUUAAAUACAUUUUAAAAAUACAAGUAUGUGAAAUAAUGUAUUUGAAAAGAAAGCAUUUAGUUAAUGAAUUUAAUUAUAUUCAGGCACUGGUAAGAUAUUUUUUAAUUUUUUAGCAUAAAUUGUGUCUUCUUUGUGAACUAUCCAUUUGUUUGCCUUGCUAUGUCCUGUAUUAAAAACAGUAAAAAAAAAAAAAAAA